UGGAGCGGGAUGCGGCGCGGCGCCCGCCCUCCCGCCGGCAGCAUGAGCCCGUCCUUCCUCCUCCUCCUCCUCCUGGCCCUGCCCGCCCGCGCUCGGCGGCAGCAGGUGCCCGGAGGGGAGCAGCCGGGGCCGGCGGGCCGCAACGCCCCUGUGCCUUCCUCCCCUUCCUCCUCCUCCUCUUCCUCGGCGGCAUUGGCGGCGGCGGGGCCGAGCCGUUUCCCGCGGAGCCGCCCGGGGCGGCGGCGGGGCCGGCUGUACUGCCGGGUGGGCAUCGGCUUCCACCUCCAGCUGCACCCCGACGGCCGGGUGGACGGUGCCCACGACGCCAGCCCGCUCAGUGUUUUGGAAAUAUUUGCUGUGUCUCAGGGGAUUGUAGGAAUACGAGGAGUUUUCAGCAACAAAUUUUUAGCGAUGUCAAAAAAAGGAAAACUCCAUGCAAGUGAGCGGUUCACUGCGGAUUGCCACUUUCGGGAGCGCUUCCAGGAGAACAGCUACAACACCUACGCCUCGGCCGUGCACCGCAGCCCCCGCUCGGGCCGCCAGUGGUACGUGGCGCUCAACAAGCGAGGCAAAGCCAAGCGGGGCUGCAGCCCCCGCGCCCGGCCCCAGCACGUCUCCACGCACUUCCUGCCCCGCUUUCGGCAGCCCCAGCCUCCGGAGCUCGCCUUCACCGUCACGCUCCCCGAAAAGAAGCCCCCGCCGAAGCCGAAGGUCGUCCCAUCCCCGCCUCGGAAGAACCCUGUCCCUGUCAAGUACCGCCUGAAGUUUCGGUUCGGGUAGUGCCCCGUGGCCGGGCUGCCAGCGUGGGAGAGAGGACGCCUGGGAGCUUUUGGGGCUGACCCCGUGGAGACCGACGUCCCUGCUCCCCAGACAGAUGUGGAUGCUCCAGGUAGCUGUGCUGGGCCCAGGGUCUUCUCACCCUGCAAACUGGACAGCAUCCUCAGAGAGGUGUGCUGGGAUGACAGA